UCCUUUUUCUGAUUUUCGCCAUAACCCAAUCAAUCCACAUAAUGGGAUUAUUCUUUUAUACGCUUCUGUCAUCUCAAUUUCUGCAAAUUUAUACGUGAAAAAUUCAUAAUCCCCCAGCAUUUUCACCUGAAAUCGAGAAAGAGUGGAAGGGGGAAACAAUCGCCGCUCGCCAAGCAACACUCCUCUUUUUCCAACUGGAGAUGUCAAAGUUGAGUGAUGAGGUGAUGGAAACCCAUGCCAAAGGAAGAGAAGACAGUGAGUAUGUGAGAUUGGUCAAACCAAGUGAAGUAAGGAAACCUGAACCAGAGAUUUUGGAAUCUCAAAGGCAGGAGACAAAUGGAUCUCGAAUGUGGUGGGUGAAGACCAUAAUAUGGUGCUUGAUCACUGUACUUCUUCUUCUCAUAUUAGCAAAGUGGGGAUUGCCCUUUUUUGUAAAGAAGGUUCUUUUUCCAACCUUGGAAUGGGAAGCCACUGCAUUUGGCCGUCCAAUGCUCGCACUUGUACUUGUAGGUUCGUUGGCACUGUUCCCUGUUUUUUUAAUUCCUUCAGGCCCUUCCAUGUGGCUGGCUGGGAUGAUUUUUGGUUACGGUCUCGGGUUUGUCAUAAUCAUGGUUGGAACAACAAUUGGAAUGGUCCUUCCCUUCUCGGUUGGUUUACUCUUUCGUGACCGAAUUCAUCAAUGGUUGAAGAGAUGGCCUGAAAAAAUUGCUGUGAUUAGAUUAGCAGCAGAAGGAAGUUGGUUCCAUCAGUUUCAAGUAGUUGCUCUUUUUAGAGUAUCACCUUUUCCUUACACAAUCUUCAACUAUGCCAUAGUUGUAACAAAUAUGAGAUUCUGGCCCUAUGUAUGUGGAUCAGUUGCAGGAAUGAUUCCAGAAUCCUUCAUUUAUAUCUACAGUGGUAAGCUAAUAAGGACAUUAGCCAACGUCCAGUAUGGGAACCAUCACCUCACUACAGUAGAGAUCAUUUACAAUGUAAUCUCAUUCGUUAUUGCAAUAAUCUCCACGAUUGUAUUCACUGUUUAUGCCAAGAGGAAGUUGAAGGAACUGGAGACUGAAGAAGCCGGUGAAGAAGGCACAGCCGUUGGCACUAGCAGUUUUGAGUUACAUAAAUUUCCUAGUAAAGAACCUGAUAGUUAUACACUGUCUUUGCCUGUAAGUAGCUGAAGACGGGAGAGGCUUACUCUUACCUAGUAUGUGCCGUAGGAAAAUAAUUUACUUGUAGGCUGGUACUCAAUGAUAUCUGUGAGUGGAUCUGCCACAUCCGUUUCAGGUGAGUCCAGAUUAAAUUUACUGUAUCGUUGAAUAUCCUCGAUGUAAAUGCCAGACAGAUCAUUGUUUUAUCUUCAAAUUCCAUUGGAAAAUGUAUUUGUCUUC